UUCUGUAGAGGCUCCACAGCUAGAGCAAACACCAAAACAUGUAAACAUUAUAUUUCGAAAACUUCUAAACUUGUUUUAAGGGCAACUCAAUGAUUGUUGACAAACAGAAAGAAUGGCCUUAGCAAUGUAUAAUAUUCCCAAAAAUUCUUUUUCAUCCUUGCAACUCAUAGUUAUCCGCCAACUUCCUGUUCGAUAUUCCAGCAGCAGCAGUGAUGUUGUGGAUUCUGUUGAUAAGAAAUUUCCUAAAAUCAAGUCUGACUUGCAUAGCUUGAAAAGAGGAACUGGUGGUCGAUCCUCUUUUAAUGGAAAGGUUGCUACAGUUUUUGGAGCAUCUGGGUUUCUUGGAAGAGCAGUGGUCAAUCAGCUAGGAAAAAUGGGUACCCAGGUUGUCAUUCCUUACAGAACAGAUCCCUAUAAUAUUCUGAGGCUGAAAUUGUGUGGUGAUUUGGGACAAAUUCUGUUUACACCUUUCUUUCUUAAAGAUGAAGCAAGCAUUGCAAAAGCUAUGAAGUACUCGGAUAUUGUUAUAAAUCUUAUAGGAAGAGAUUAUGAGACUCCGAAUUUCAAGUAUAAGGAUGUGCAUGUGACAGGUGCAAGAAAUAUUGCUCGUUUAGCUAAGGAAGCUGGAGUGCAGACAUUACUCCAUGUCUCUACUCUAAAUGCGUCAGAAAACCCAAAGCCCAUUGUAAGCAAGAAAGGCUCAGGAUUAUAUUCCUCAAAGUGGGAAGGUGAACAAGCAGUGAGGGAAGAGUUUCCAGAUGCCAUUAUAUUUAGGCCAUCAGAUAUGUGGGGCCAGCAAGACAGUUUCAUUUAUUAUUACAACAAUAUUGCUAGGAGAACUUGGCGUGCCAUGUCCCUUUGGAAGAAAGGAGUUGGCAUUAUUAAACAGCCAGUUUAUGGUUCAGAUGUUGCCAAAGGCAUUGUAAAAGCUGUAUGUGAUCCUGAUGCAGCAGGGCACACAUUCCAAGCAGUUGGGCCUCAUCGUUAUGAGCUUUCAGAAUUGAUGGAUUGGUUCCACCGCAUCAUGUUGAGAACGAGGGAAAGGCUUUAUUAUAGAUUAGAUUUGAGAAUGGAUCCCACAUUUUGGCCUAGAUUGCUUAUUGCAGAAAAAGUUCUCCCACGCUACCGAACUCUCUCUUGGGGAAGAUUAGAAAGAGAAAGCAAGACUGAUGUCGUGAAUCCUGAUCUCCCGAACUUGCAAGAUCUGGAAAUAAACCUGACACCCAUGGAGGAGAGAAUAUUCUACGAGUUGAAACCCUUCAGAAUUCAUGCCUACCACGAUCAGCUGCUGAGAGAUUAUAUAAGACCUGUGGAACCAUGUCCAUUAGCUACUAAUUAAUGACUACUGUAAAGAGAAUAUUUGUGGUUUAUUAUAGGAAUAAUUAAAUAUGUUAUCUUUUUUUUUGUUCA